AUGGCGGAGGACACGUUCGCGCUGCUCAAGGAGUGCGAGCUGACCGUGCGAAAGCCGAACCCUCGCCAAUACAUCGCCGAGAUCUCCGAGAUUGAGGGCCUGGAGGUGUGGUUUCAGCGCGCGUCGGACUGCGUGCGGAAGCUGCUGAGCGGUGACGUGGACAUGACGAUUGUGGGGUACGACAUGGUGAAGGAGUAUGGCAAGGACGAUCCCAAUCUUGUCAUUGUGCACGACUCCCUUGGCUUCGGCAAGUGCCACCUCAGCAUUGCCGUGCCGUCAUACGGCAUAUUCGAGCGGAUCAACUCAAUCCACGAUCUCAUCGCCAUGCCUCAGUGGUCCGCUGACAACCCCUUCCGUAUAGUCACAGGCUACACUCAUCUAGGCCGGCGUUUCUUUGACCAGCUCGGCUUCCCCCACGUGCAGCUGUCCACAGCUGAUGGCGCCUUGGAAGCCGCUCCUGCUAUGGGCACAGCCGACGCUAUCUUGGAUCUGGUCAGCACGGGCACGACGCUCAAGGAGAACAACUUGAAAGAGCUCAAGGGGGCGGACGUGCUCAAGAGCCAGGGUGUAUUUGUGGUGAGCAGGAGGGCGUUGGAGGAGAGGGAGGGGCUGCUGGGGAUGACAAAGGAGAUGCUGGAACGCAUUGAGGCGCACCUGUGCGCGCGCGACCAGUACAUUGUGACGGCCAACAUGAGGGGGCUAUCAGAGGAGGACGUGGCGCACAGAGUGCUCGAGAACACCUCCUUCCCUGGCCUGCAGGGCCCCACCAUCUCACGAGUGUACUCGCGGGGAGACGACUCGUCAGAUGGAGCAGCGGGGAUCAAGGUGGAUUACUUCUCAGCCACUGUCGUGGUGCCGCGCGCGCAGAUCUACAAGUCUAUCAGGGAGCUGCGCAAGAUCUACAAGUCUAUCAGGGAGCUGCGCAAGGUCUACACGUCCAUCCGGGAGCUGCGCACGGUGGGGUGUUUGAGGGAGUAUCGAGUGGUUGGGAGCAGUGAUUAUUAA